GUUAAUUCCUUUUCCAAUGUAUGCACUCAGCAAGACGUGGGGCCGCAUCAGCACCCACCCCCAGGAAACAGGCUGGCAGCUGGUCCUUCCAGCUCAUGGAGUCAGGCCACCUCCCCUGGAAGGGCCGCACACACUCUUCCAAGGGCUGAAAAGUCCUUCCUGUGGUCUGGCCUUUGCAGGCAGCACACCUGGUGAUGUUCAGGGACCACAAAGUGUCCGGGAAUAAAACUGGGACAUGCACAUGCAAAGCGUGUGCUCCGGCUUUUCACUCUUAGUUGAGCCAGAACCCCUUGGUACUCACGAGUUAGUUUUGCAGGGCAUUCUGGUUUCAUCUUUUCCAGUGUAUACUGAGCAUUUAGCACGGGUCAAGACUAAGGACAAACUUUUGGGGGCCAUAGAGGUAAUAUAAUCGGUAGGCCUUGCAUGUGGCUGGACCUGGUUCAUUUCCCUGGUACCACAUAUGGUCUCUUGAGAUCUGCCAGGAGUGAGCCUCAGCUGAGCACAGCCAGGUGUGGUCCAAAAGCCAAAACAUAAAAUAACAUGACGCGUUAGCUUAUUGGAUCCUGACAGCAAUGCUAGGGGCUGUGAUUAUCCCUCUCUUGAUAAGGAAACUGAGGCACAGAGUCUAUAGUCCUUUAAAUCACACAAUUAAGAGGGGAUGAGGAACUCAGGAUCUGAAUCUGCCUGAGUUGUCUGGCUCCAAUGUCUAUGUUCUUUAUCUUUUGGAGUACUCUCAAGCAGUGCUCAGAGAGCCAAAGGACUGCCUUCAGCCAUACUCAGCUAAAGAGUGCUCAGGCUUGGUAGUGCAUGAGGACCAUGCAAUGACAGAAUGGAAUUCUGAUCCUCGUGUUUGCCAGGCACACUUCCUUCAGCCCAGGCUAUCUCUUUGGCCCCAUCAAUGUUUAUGCUGUUAUGGGGGUGGAGGGGUUUCUGUUUUUCUGGGGUUUGUUUUAUAUUUAUUUGGGGGUCACACCUGGCAAUGCUCAGGGCUUACUCCAAGCUCUACACUCAGGGAUCGCUCCUGGCAAGGCUUGGGGGACCUUAAGUGGUGCCAGAAUUGAACCCAGGUCAGCUGUGUGUCCGGCAAGCGCCCUACCCGCUGUACCAUCUCUCCGGCCCCAUUGUUAACGCUCUGAACUAGCACAUUUGCCAUUAUGUUGGAGUCAGGGCUCCUGAAGCGUUUGGGUGGCCUGACUCAGGUCAGGAAGAGGAAAGGGGCUACUCCACUGUGUCUUUCGUACCUGUGCGGAAGUGGGGCACCACUGUCACCUGUUUCCGGGAAGCAUUGGCUGCUCUCUCCCCACCACUGCCACUGCACAACAUGGACCGUGUGGCCUCCCUGUGCCUGCAGAGGGUCAGGACAGCAUCAGGCUGGGUGACUGCAGGCUCUGCCAUGGCCCGGUCACUCGGGCCACUGUCCUUUUCACGCGGAGACACGCAGGCAGGGGCCCUGGGCUGCAGAGCAGGCAGUUGGCACGGCUGAGGCCCAGAGAGGGGUGGUGAGCCGCCCCGGGUCACGGAGCAAGUGCAGGUCCCUCCCAGCCCAGGCCAGGCAAUGACACCCCACUGCUCUCCCUCGGGGGCGGGGCCAGGGGAGGCGGAGCGAGGGGGACCCGGCGCCUCCUGGAAGCCAGUGGCAGAACGGCCUGGAGCAGCAUGAAGCCGAGCUGGGCGCCGGGGCUGCUCAUCCUGGGAGUGGUGGUCCUCAUGGAGGGUCUCCAAGCUGCUCAACGUGCCUGUGGGCAGCGUGGCCCUGGCCCCCCUGAGCCCCAGGAGGACCACACUGUGCCGGGCGAGUGGCCAUGGCAGGCCAGUGUGAGGAAGGAGGGGGUCCACGUGUGCAGCGGCUCCCUGGUGGCAGACACCUGGGUCCUCACCGCUGCUCAUUGCUUUGAAAAGGCGGCAAUGACAGAGCUGAACUCCUGGUCUGUAGUCCUGGGUUCUCUGCAGCGAGAGGGGCUGAGCCCAGGGGCUGAGGAGGUGGGAGUGGCGGCCCUGCAGCUCCCCAGGGCCUAUAACCACUACAGCCAGGGCUCCGACCUCGCCCUCCUGCGCCUCGCCCACCCCAUGGCCCCAACACCCCUCUGCCUGCCCCGACCUGCCCAUCGCUUCCCCUUUGGGACCUCCUGUUGGGCCACUGGCUGGGAUCAGGACACCAGUGAUGCUCCUAGGACCCUACGGAACCUGCGCCUGCGUCUGAUCAGCCGCCCCACGUGCAACUGUCUCUACAACCGGCUACACCAGCGGCUACUGGCCAGCCCGGCUCGGCCUGGGAUGCUGUGUGGGGGUGCCCAGCCUGGGAUGCAGGGGCCCUGCCAGGGAGACUCCGGGGGCCCCGUAAUCUGUCGUGAGCCCGAUGGACACUGGGUUCAGGCUGGGAUCAUCAGCUUCGCGUCCAGCUGUGCCCAGGAAGACACGCCCGUCCUGCUGACGGAUAUGGCUGCUCACAGCUCCUGGCUGCAGGCUCGAGCGGAGGGGGCCGCCUUCCUGGCCCAGACCCCUGAACCGGAGGAGAUCAGUGAUGAGGACAGCUGUGUAGCCUGCGGAUCUCUGAAGGGAGGGCCCACUGCCGGGGCCCCCUCGCCAUGGCCCUGGGACGCCAGGCUAAAGCACCAGGGGAGGCUGGCCUGCGGUGGAGCCCUGGUGUCAGAAGAGGUGGUGCUGACUGCCGCUCACUGCUUCAUCGGACGCCAGACCCCAGAGGAAUGGAGCGUGGGGCUGGGGACCGAGCCAAAGGAAUGGAGCUUGAAGCAACUCAUCCUGCACGGGGCUUACACCCACCCCAAUGGAGGCUACGACGUGGCCCUGCUGCUACUGGCUCAGCCCGUGACACUGGGCCCCAGCCUGAGGCCCCUGUGCCUGCCCUAUGCUGACCACCACCUGCCUGAUGGGGAGCGUGGCUGGGUCCUCGGGCUGAGCCACGAAGGCACAGGCCUCAGCUUGCCUCAGACAGUGCCUGUGACCCUCCUGGGGCACAGGGCCUGCAGCCACCUGCAAACAGCCCUAGGGAGCAACAGCACCCCCAUCCUGCCAGGGAUGGUGUGCACCAGUGUCGUGGGGGAGCCGACGCACUGUGAGGGUCUGUCUGGGGCACCAGUGGUGCACGAGGUGAGGGGCACGUGGUUCCUGGCUGGACUGCACAGCUUCGGAGAUGCCUGCCAGGGGCCGCCGAAGCACGCGGUCUUCACGGCGCUGCCACCCUACGAGCACUGGGUCACCAGCCUAGACUGGCAGGUCUACUUUGCUGAGGAGCCUGAACCCGAGCCUGCAAGCUGCCCGGCCAACAUGAGUAGGUGGCCAGGGGCCUCCCUGCAGAUUUCCGGCCCUUCCCUAACCACCCUCCUACCCGGGUAGGCAGAGCACGGGGCAGAGCGUCUGGGUGCUUGAUGCGGUGACUGACUGGGAGUGCCUGAGCUGCUCUGGCUCCUUCCUCUCCUUUCGGGAGGGAGAAACGGUAUGAGGCUGACCCGCCCUUCUUCCUCUGACAGGCCAGCCUGGCAGCUGCUGACAGACACACAGACACAGGGAGGCCGCUCCCAGUCCCCCCCGCACGCCACUGCAGGCCUUGGGACAGGCCUGACAGCUG